CCCCUCCGUGCGCCGCAUGCUGUUUGUUUUGGCUAGCGCUUUUAUCAGCGUGGCCCUUUUAUUUCGCUUUCCGUCGCGGUCGGCGUCGCAGGGGAAUAUCUGCGGAAUGAAGCCGAAGAAGCGACAGGUUUCCCUGUGCCUGCUGCUGCUGCUCUGCCUCGGCGGGACCACCACCACGGAGGCUAUCGAGCCCAUUAGCACCACCAUCGCCGUGGGCAUGGCCGCGGCUCUCACCGGCUUUUUAGCCACUUAUCAGAACAUCUUCUACACUUUCCACGAGUGCUGCCGAACCGAGUGGAUAGCUUUCAACAAAACAGGUCUCCGGGCCGACCUGGACAGUAAACUGUUCGGGCAGCACAUCGCGUCCCGCAUCAUCUUCAAAGCCCUGAAUGGAUUCUUGAACAACGAGAACCCAAAGAAGCCCCUGGUGCUCUCUCUGCACGGGUGGACCGGCACCGGGAAGAACUUUGUCAGCAAGAUGAUCGCCGAAAACAUCUACAGGGAGGGAAUGGACAGCAAAUUUGUGCACGUUUUCACAUCUACGCUUCACUUCCCACAUCUAAGUCACAACAUCACCUACAAGGCUCAGCUGCAGCAGUGGAUCAAAGGCAACGUGUCCAACUGUGAACGCUCCUUGUUCAUCUUUGACGAGAUGGACAAGAUGCAGCCCGGCCUGAUAGACAGCAUCAAGCCUUAUCUGGACUACUAUGACAAGCUGGACGGAGUGUCUUACAGGAAAUCCAUUUUCAUCUUUCUCAGCAACGCCGGAGGGGAGAGCAUCACUGAGACGGCUCUGGAUUUCUGGAAAGCAGGACGAGGCCGCGAAGAGAUCGAGCUCAAAGAUGUAGAGACGGCGCUGUCUCUGUCCGUCUUCAACAACAACAAAAGCGGCUUUUUCCACACCAGCUUGAUCGACAAGAACCUGGUGGACUUCUUCGUGCCGUUCCUGCCUCUGGAGUACCAGCACGUGGUGCAGUGCGUGAUGGCCGGGAUGAGGGACCGGGACAUGGACCCGGACGCCGACGUGGCAGACCAGGUGGCCCGGGACCUGGUCUACUUCCCCAAGUCGGAGCGGGUGUUCUCCGUCAAAGGCUGCAAGACGAUAGACAGCAAGUUGGACUACUACACAUAAAGUCCGCCUGUGGCGACUGUCAGUCACUCUGAGCACUUUUUUAAUAAAGACAAACACUCUCAGGCCAAAUGACUGAAGAGAGCAGGUGGGUCCGAGUGGCGAGGUUUCUCUGUGUGGCCUCCAGCCGUGGGAAUGGUGUCGGGAAGCCUUCUCACUUCCACCCAGCGAAGGAGAGAUUUAAAAAAAAAAAAAAAAAAAACUUAAUUGGAUUACAGUGUGAC